GUCGCCUGCCCCUCCAGGUCCGGUGCGCGUCUGUAGCUGGACCAGCCUCGCUCGGGCGAGCCAUGCCGACCCUGCCGCGCGCUGCAGCCUGUCUGCCGUGUCCCCCGGAGGCAGGCGUGUCUCGCAGUUCUUGACCGCAGCUGUACCUGCGCCAUCCCUCUGCUGCGAGGAGGGGAGGGUCCAUGCUCUUAGCUCAACCAAUCACGAGCAAGCGGUGAGACGCCAGGCCUGUGAACUAGAGAACAACCAACCAAACAGGCCACAUCAUGAGGCGACUGGCGCUGCUGCUCCUGCUGGUGCGACACUCGGCCUCCCAGGCGCUGCAGACAGGCGAUGCCCUGGCGACCAUCCUCCGAGAUGGCGUCGCUCAGGCCAACAACGAGCCCCGGGACGAGGUGGAGAUAUACAGAGAGUACGACUUCAUCGUGGUGGGCGCCGGCAGCGCGGGCUGCGUGGUCGCCAACAGACUCACCGAGGUCCCGGACUGGACCGUGCUGCUCAUAGAGGCGGGGCGCGAGGAAAACUACGUCAUGGACAUCCCCAUCCUCGCCAACUACCUGCAGUUCUCCGAGGCCAACUGGAAGUACAAGACGGAGCCCUCGGACACCGCGUGUCUGGGCCACACCAACCGGCGGUGCAACUGGCCACGUGGAAAGGUCAUGGGCGGUUCCAGUGUUCUCAACUACAUGAUCUACACUCGAGGCAACUGGCGCGACUACGACAACUGGCGCAGCAUGGGCAACGACGGUUGGGGCUUCGACGACGUCCUGCCCUACUUCCUCAAGUCCGAGGACAACAACAUCGAGGGGAUGGAAGUGGACGAGGAGUAUCACUCCAAAGGAGGCUACUUAUCCGUUAGUAACAUUCCUUAUCGUACAGCCCUAGUUGAUGGGUUCAUCCAAGCUGGCCUGGAGACAGGAUCUAGAGUCGUGGACUACAACGGCAAGACCCAAGUUGGUAUCUCUUAUCUGCAGGUCAACAUGAAGAACGGGUCGCGCUGGAGUGGGUCCCGCGCUUUUCUUCACCCAAUACGUGACAGGAAGAAUUUACAUGUGAAGAAACAGUCACAUGUGACUAGAAUCCUCAUUGACCCCAGAACAAAAGCUGCUUAUGGAGUGGAGUUUGUGAACAAGCGUAGAACGUUCAGAGUGAUGGCUAAGAGAGAGGUGAUUGUAUCUGCAGGUGCCGUUAACUCCCCUCAGCUUCUCAUGCUGUCUGGCAUAGGUCCACGGGAGCAUUUGAGAAGUCUCAAAAUACCUGUUAUAAAAGAUCUGAAAGUAGGCUACAAUCUCAUGGAUCACAUAGCUCUUGGUGGUCUAGUUUUCAUUUGCAAUUCUUCGUCCUUACGAACAUAUGAUUUAAUAGCCAAUCCAAAUAACUACAUUCAAUAUUUUUCCAAUCAAAGUGGCCCUUUUACUGUACCAGGUGGUUGCGAAGCCAUAUCAUUCUUUGACCUUAAAAAUCCCAAUGACACCGAUGGAUAUCCUGACAUGGAAAUAUUUUUCCAGGGUGGUUCUAUAGUUUCCGAUCCCACGCUGAGAAGAAAUUUUGGAAUUGACGAUACAUUAUUUGACGAAGUUUACAAAGAGAUUGAAAAUGAAGACACGUGGAUGGUUCUACCGAUGAUUUUACGGCCAAAAAGCAAGGGCAGAAUUAUGCUCAGGGAUAUAAAUCCUUACCAUAAACCAUUGAUAUACGCUAACUAUUACACAGUGAAAGAUGAUUUGGAUACGAUGGUAGCCGGCAUCAAGAAAGCGGUGCAACUAGGCGAAACUGCGGCCAUGCGAAAACUGGGCUCCAGAAUCCACGAUAAGAAGCUUCCAGCUUGUCGAGGAUUCGAGUUCGGGUCGGACGAGUACUGGGGCUGCGCGGCGCGCCAGCUGACCUUCACCAUCUACCACUAUUCGGGCUCCUGCAAGAUGGGGCCCGCCGGCGACCCCACGGCCGUCGUGGACCCCCGCCUGCGAGUGCACGGCAUAAAGUACCUGCGAGUCAUCGACGCAUCCGUGAUGCCCAGCAUUCCCAGCUGCCACACCAACGCCCCCACCUACAUGGUGGCGGAGAAGGGCUCGGAUCUCAUCAAGGAGAACUGGGGAAGACUACGAGACACCUAUGUCUAUGGAAAAACUUGAUACCAAUCACCCAUGAAUGGACACUACUUUUCAUCAACAUUCCUUUCCAUGUCAAUCUACUGCUUGUUGCGUAAGCGGUGUUCCUGUAGCUGGUAGAAGUACUAGCUGAUGUGCAAAACAAGGAACAACCAGAACUGUGAUACUAGCGGGUUGAUGGCGAACCCAACCUUCCUUUAAUUAAUGACUGUAGAUUUUAGUUUGUGGAACAAUUAUUACUAGGUAUCAAAAAAAUGUAUUGGCUUUCAGAAAGCAUUUUUUAAUCAAAAUUAGCAAUUUUUUUUUCAAAAGAACAGUAUACUGAAUAAUUUCUUUGAUUAUUGAAUAUAUAUAUUAGAAUCCCAUUUAAGAGUAAAGGUUACUGUAUACAGCUGUGUGAAUGCAUUUCAUUUAGGUACGGUACAGAUUAAUAUUCCCAAUAAAGGUUGUUGAAUAAACUAUUUUUCUACCAAUGUGGAGUGAUGAGAAAGAGCAGUGCUUUCUUACUCU